CGUGUUCGAGAGCAUCCAAAUACAUACGACACCAACACCACACCCAACGGCCCCCGAACUGCUGAUUAUGAAGCCAGAGUCCCGGCGGUUGGUUCUAUAUCCCCGAGAAAUGUAUGAUAGGAUAUGCACUCCUCUAUAUGUAAGAUUCUUCCCUUACAUCAAACUUACGUGAAUAUAAUAUAUCAUAUAAUACGAUAACCCCCUGGGCCUUUAGAUAUUAGAGUCGUUCUAGAUUCCCGUAACUUGCUGCUUUGCCCUCCUUCAACACCAACGCAAAAUAUCGAAAUAAUGGCAGCUCCUGUACCGUCUCCGACGUCAACUUGGCACAAUGAUACUUACGCAGCUAUCUCCCCGAAGCGGCCUGAGCUUAGUGCCGCGGGGAAGACCGUCGUGAUCACCGGCGCUGGAGGUAGCAUCGGCCGCGAAGUCGCGCUCGCAUUUGCUGAAGCUGGAGCUUCUCGCAUCGUGCUCCUGGGCCGCACCGAGGAGACCAUCAAGACGGCGGCUUCUGCGCUUCCUAGUUCCGUCUCAGCGCAUACUUUCGCGGUGGAUAUUACUCAGGAGGGUGCGCUCCAGCGAGUCGCGGCUGAAGUCGGAACGUGGGAUGUCCUUAUUCAUACCGCCGGUUAUGUCUCUACUCGUGGGCAUAUCGCUUCCUCGGAUACUAACGAGUGGUGGCAAAGCUUCGAGACAAACGCCAAAGGCACAUACCUCAGCAUCAAGACUUUCUUGCCCACGGCGAAUAAGACACAUGCUACCGUCCUAGGACUCAACACCGGCACCAUGGUGUUCCCUAUUGUGAUCCUGCCCGGCCUGUCUGCGUACAUAGCGUCGAAGCUUGCCGAGACGAAGAUCAUCGAGUUCCUAGCCGCGGAGCAGCCGAAUGUUUUCGCGGCGACGGUGCACCCUGGUUUGAUCGAGUCGGAUAUUUUCAGGAAGAGCGGCGAGAAGGCCGAGACUGUGCCUUUGGAUAAACCCCAACUCCCAGCACAUUUUAUGGUAUGGCUGUCCAGCCCUGAGGCCAGCUUCCUGAAGGGCCGCGCUGUAUGGGCUAAUUGGGAUGUGGACGAGCUGAAGGGACAAGCUAAGGCUAUAGAGUCGGGGAUACAGUUUACGGGCGGUAUUAAUGGCUGGCCGUUCUCUCCUGCGUAAAUGAGUACCUAAGGUUGGCCAUGCUGCCAUAUGCUACUAAAGUACUGAGGACUGUUUGCUUCAGAGAUUAACAAGAACAGCAGUUCUGCUUGAGCAUUACGGAGAUACUUCAAGAUGGAAUACGAUUUCUUACACCUAUUAAAUUAACAGGUAACCAAUGAAUUAUGAAAGUUAGUCCUAGUAUUUUUAUCUAUUUUUAUUUUUCAUUUCGGAAAUUGUACGUAGGAAUAUCCGAAUAAUAGUAUCAAAAAG